UAUAACCUAAAAUAUUUGUUCGAUUAUUAUUAUUUAAGAAAGCUAAGUGCGUACAUUAUCAGUACUUUUUUUAUAAAUUUAAGCAAAAAGUUAAUUAAAAUGUCGAAGGCUCCUUUACCUACUCCGACACCAGAAUUGGAAUGGGUUAAAAUUCGAGAAGAAUUAGCUGAAUAUGAUCAAAUUGAACCGUUCCAGAAAAAAUUUAAAAGAGUACUUAUUGAACAUCCUUUGGUUCCUUUAGGAAUUAUGGCAACAUGUGGAUCUCUUGUUCUUGGAAUGCGAGCAAUGGUUCAAGGUGAUCGCUUACGAUCAAAUUUAAUGAUGCGAUUUCGAAUAUUUUUUCAAGCUGUAACAGUUGCUGCUAUGACCGUAAGCGCAGUGACAGUUUUAAAAUCAAGAGAAAAAUCUGAAAAACUGAACGAAAAUUCUACGUAGUUAAUUUAUUGAUAAAUUGAUAGAAAAUUAUGUUGUUAAGUUCGAUUAAUAGAUUUAAUAACCUUUUCAUUGUGUAAAAAGCAAGAGUGGUAUUUUAUAGCUGUUUUUGUUUAAAUAAUAAAUUAUUAAUUGUAAAAAAAAGUAGUCAAUAUUUCUAUUCGUAUAAUAUAUCAGUUUAUUCUUACAAUUGGUUUUCAUAAUACAACAAAUGUAUUACUGUUUAAUUUCUUUAUACAAUUGCAAUUCUAAAAAAAAAUUGUAUACUUAUGUAAAUA